AUGCUGAGAAUACUGUUGUUGGUUGUCCUUGUUGUUUUUAUUCAACACUGUGAAGGUCGUGUCGGUCCUGGUGGUCGAGGUGGCCCUGGUGGUCGAGGUGGUGGUCGUGGUGGUCGUGGAGGUCAGGAAAAUCGUGGCGGUCAUGGUGGUCGUGGUCGUGGACAUAUGCGCCAUCAACCUAUAGCCUUUACAGCAAGAAUGUCUGAAAAUGUCACGGAUAUUCAGCCCGGUGACACUAUACCAUAUACAAUGAGUGUUGUCAACAUGGGUAAUGUUUAUCAAAAUAAUACCUUCACUGCCCCAAUGUCCGGAGUCUAUUUCUUCACGUGGAGUGUUACCUCCCUUCCAGAUUCCCCCGUUGACACAGCAUUGGUGAAAAACAACGCUACAAUAGCCAUUCUCUCUUGUCAUCAGUUUUCUACAAUAGGGAAAAGAAACACUUGUUCCCAGUCCACUCAUGUCCAACUAAUGUCUGGCGAUAAAGUUUGGGUCAUAGCAACCGAAGCAAUGGACUUCGUGAGCGGGUCGUACUGGCCCUCGUUUUCUGGAUUUAUAUUAUGA